AAAAAUCUGGGUAGAAUUUUUUCACCGCCAUAUUGGCAUGCCUUGCGAUAUAAACAAAUAUAACCUCCAUGCACCGUAAUAACCAAAGUUGUUAAUAAUGUUUGAUCAUGUUGGUUGUUCUAUUGUGUAAUACACGGACUAAAUAAAGUGAAAUAAACUCUGGUAUCCCUUUUUAUUUAAGAAAACGACACUAUUAUUUGAGAAUUAUUCAAACCAUGGCUGACGAGGAUGACGGAAAGGAAUAUCGGUGGGAAACUGGAUAUGAGAAAACAUGGGAGGCGAUCAAGGAAGACGACGAUGGGUUGUUGGAAGGAGCGGUGGCAGAUAUUAUUCAAAGAGCGAAGAGGAAACGUCAGUCGGAAAGACAUGGCGGUGCAAGGCUGGGAAUGAUGAGACAUCUUUACAUUGUUUUAGACUGUUCGGAAGCUAUGUCUAAUCAGGACUUGAAACCAACGAGAUUACUUUGUUCCAUAAAACUUUUGGAAGAUUUCAUUGAUGAAUUCUUCGAUCAAAAUCCUAUAAGUCAACUUGGUUUGAUCGUAACAAGGAAUAAACGGGCUGAGAAAUUGAGCGAGCUUGCCGGAAACCCAAAGAAACACAUCAAGGAAUUGAAGGGCUUGCAUCUUACAGCUUUGACGGGUGAACCGUCGAUUCAAAACUCACUAGAACUGGCACUAAAAUCCCUAAAAUUGCUGCCGUCGCAUGCAAGUAGGGAAAUCCUUGUGUUGAUGGGUUCGCUAACUACCUGUGACCCAGGGGACAUCAAUACUACAAUAGAAACUUUAAAAUCUGAAGGAGUGCGCUGUAGUGUGAUAGGAUUGGCUGCUGAAUUACAUAUCUGUAAACGUUUGGCUACCGCAACUGGUGGCGAUCACGGAGUUGUUUUAGACGACAAGCAUUACAAGGAACAGUUGAGCAUUCAUGUAGAUCCACCAGCAGCUGCUACCAGAUUAGACUCGGCCCUGGUGAAGAUGGGCUUCCCUCAUCAUGCAUUGCAUUCGACUGCGGAAACACCAAUGACGAUGUGCAUGUGCCACUGUGAAAGUUCGGAAGAAGAUAGCAAGCUUGUGACAACUGGAUACUUGUGUCCACAAUGUCUGAGUAAACAUUGCGAAUUACCCGUCGAAUGUCGAGCAUGUGGACUGACCCUUGUGUCAGCUCCUCAUUUGGCUCGUUCUUAUCACCAUUUAUUUCCGGUUGAAAACUAUAGAGAAGAAACGUAUGAAGGAUCUCCUUCUAUAUGUUAUGGGUGUAGAAAAGUCCUCACUCAAUUAGAUAAGAAGGUAUACAUGUGCGGUAAAUGUCAGCAAGGCUUUUGUUUGGACUGUGAAAUAUUUAUUCACGAAACGCUCCACACUUGUCCUGGAUGUGCAACGAAUCCUGAUACGUUUCAAAUAUCUUCAGAGAAAGUUCCAAUCAAUUAGAG